GGCCGCGCCGCCUUUCUCCUUCCCUAAAAAAAAAAAAGGAUUCUCCCAUCUCAAUAUAAUGGAGUGUUGAGUCCUCUCCUCUCCCUAAGCAUUUUGUCAUUUUGUGUUGGAAGAUGAGCACCGGAGAGCUUCUCGAUGUCGAGCCGCUUGAGCUCAAAUUUCCAUUUGAAUUGAAGAAACGGAUCUCAUGUUCUGUCCGUUUGUCGAAUAAGACCGAUAGCUAUGUUGCAUUCAAGGUAAAAACAACAAACCCCAAGAAGUAUUGUGUUCGACCCAACAUGGGGAUAGUUAUGCCUGAAUCCACAUGUGACAUCAUAGUAACCAUGCAAGCGCAGAAAGAGGCCCCUCCUGACAUGCAAUGCAUGGACAAGUUUCUCUUGCAGAGUGUUAAGGCGCCAAAGGGUUCGACUCCCAAUUCAGAAAUGUUCAAUAAGAAGGGUGGAAACGUGGUGGAAGAGUGUAAAUUGCCAGUGGUUUAUGUCCUUCCACCUCCACAUCGGCCUUCUCCUGUCUCUUCUUACCCCGAGGCUUCUGCUUCUGAAAUUUCUAUUGCUGUAGAGACUUGUGAGCGGCUUGCACUUGAGGACGUAUCUAUACCUAUGGAGGCAAGGGCUUCCAUUUAUAGGCUGAGAGAGGAAAAGAAGAAGGCAAUUCUGGAAAGCAACAGGCUUCGCAAAGAACUCGAACUGCAGAGGCCUGGACAUCUCUCGUGGAUGCAUGUCCUCUUGGUCGGCCUUUUCGGGUUUUUUAUGGGUUCUCUCUUGAACAUGUGCUCCUAAGGGGAAGGGGUGAUGCUUUAAUUUCAUCGUAUGUUGUCGACGAAUUAGAAAGGAUGAGGAAGGGAGGCAUGUGAUCCAAAACAUCAAAUAAAUGGGAAUGUUUGCUUAUUUUAUUUUAUUUUUGGCUU